AGUAGUAGUGCAGCGCCAUCAGCUGGAGGCAUAUCUCUGCGAAAGAUAAACCCUUUUUCUUAUGAAAAUUGUAUCCUAUCAAUUAUCAAAACAGAGAUCGACGUAAGUACGUAUGUACUUUGCUCGUCGACAUCCAUGUUCUAACUUCAGUACACGUUCCUGGCGUUGUCGUUAAAAAUUCUUGUCGAAAGAUGUCGAGCACAGGCAUUAAGUCACUUUAAAAUCGUAAUUGAGAGGUUAGGAGACGCGAGCGCAUUCCGCUGAAAUAUCAAUUUUUAUACAAAAAUUGUAUUUUUUGACAAAAAAAUGACUGAACCGUCGUUAGAAGAGAGGCAAAAAUUUCUUGAUGAUAUGUCCAAAUUCAUCGAUGAUGCCGAAAAUUGUAUGAAGGAUUUAUGUUCAUCUGUAGGGUGGGAUUACAACUAUUUUUAUAAUUACGAAGAAACUGAGAAAUAUGCUAUUUGUCCUUUCAAUGAUGGACACAGAGUGCCUGAACGAACUAUGCACAAGCAUCUCGUCAAGUGUGAAUGGAAGGCUCUUGGUUACACAAAAGAGUGUGUACCUCUUCCAGAGCCUGUUCUUCCACCAGAUGAUCCUUCAACUAUAAAACUUGAUAUGCAACUCCAAGCCAAAGUGCUACAAGAAGCAAAGAAAAACAAUCCUGAUGCAAAUAUAAGUCUAGAUGAAAAAUUUGUUCCACAAACAUCGGAUAGGCUUACUAGUGACUUCACCAGCGAUGAAAGGAAAGCAAUGUACGAGUAUGUCAUUGCCAAUACUGUUGGUCCUGAUAUUGGUCACGAUAUUACAGAGAUGAAUAAGCCUGAGAAAACUCUUGAAGGUGAAAUAAAGAGCACACCUAUUGAGCUACUGUUAGCCCAAGAAAGAAACUUAAAGAGGCGAAGAGCUAAACAUAGAGGAGUCCAUACAAAUAAAAAAUCUCACACUGAAAUCAUGAGAGAAAUUGUUCAACAGCAAAUGGAAAUGUACAGGGAACAUCUUUCUGAAAAAUAUGGAAUCCCCAUUCCUAAUGAUGAAGUAAAUGCCAAGCCUAGUGAAAAAGAACAACAGAAUAAGAAGAAUCACGAAGAUGAUUUGAAUGAGAACUCUGAACAGUCAUCUCACUCAAAAAGAGAUCGAAAGAAUUGGAACAGUGCAGAUCGAUCUGAUUAUAAGAAGAGAUACAAUUCAAAGAGUUUGGAUGAAAAAUCGGAAAGAGUAGUACACGAAGGUAGAGAUUAUAGUUCAUCUCGUAGAUAUUCCAAUUAUAACAAUGACUAUGAUUCAUGGAGUUCAGCUAAAAAGCAUCAACGUUAUGAUAGUCGAGAUAAAUACCGAGAUGAACACGAUUCUCGUGAUAGAAGUUGGGAUAAAUAUGAUUCGAGAGGGAAGCAUAGAGACACGUACGAGUCUCGUAAUAAAGACAAGGAUAGGUAUGAAUCUCAAGACUCGGGCCGGGAUAAGAAUGAAUCUCGGGAUGCAAAUAGGCUUAAGUACGAUUCUCGAGAUUCAAGCAGAAAUAAUAAACAUGGUUUUCGUGAUAAGAGUAAGGAUAAGUACGAUUCUCGGGACAAAAGCAGAGAUGAUUACGAUUCUCAGGGUACAAACAAGGAUAAGUAUCAUAAAUACGAGUCAAACCAAAGCGAGUAUGCAACUUACAACCGAAGUCGCGAUAGAGACGAAUCUUCCGGCAAAAAGGAGUCAAAGUCGAUCGUUCAUGAAUCUCGUAGUCGUAAACGCGAAAAAAGUGAAUCUAUUGUACGAGAAUUUGUAAAAGCAUCGGAAUGUGAAGCGAAAAAAAGUAGCAGUCAUAAAAAACAUAAGAAAGAUCGCAAGCGUGAAGAAGAUAGAUCGCGUGAUAAAGAAGAUGCUAAGAAACACAAGAAGUCCAAACAUAAAAAGAGUAGGGAUCGUAGUCAAAGCUUAAGUUCCAAGUAAAUACAAGUUUGCAAUUAAAUCGCCACGACUACUUUUAAUAAAACGACUGAGUGUGUAAAUAAUUUUAUUUUUAAAUAAAAAAUCGCAUUUUUUAAAUCGA